UCAAUAAGCCACAUUGUUGCACGAAACUCCAGCUCAGGAGUCCGGGGCCGCCGCUAGCAACCCGUGUCACUCAGCUAAGAAAAUCCCGGGUGGGGAUCCGCGUGCGAGUCGGAGAAGUCCGAUCGCCCUAGUGAAGUUCGAGUCUUCCCAAGUUGAGUCUUCAAGAUCAUCUGGCUGAAGGAGCGCCUUGACGCGGGGCAACCGGACACGUCACCGAGAGUGAUACUUAAUCGGCUGCUAGCAGUUGUGACUCCAAAACCCUGCUUCUUAGAGACCCGAGACCUCCUAGCUGGGCGCGCCGUUAGCUUUCUUUGUGAGCCUCCCGCAUUUGCCGACCCCGGCCCGGCAGGGAGCCCGGGUACAAAGCAGUCCAACAGCGCCUGGAGGUUCGCACGCACUCAGACUUCGGUUUCCCAACUCCGCGCAGUCGGACUGUGGCAGGAUGAUUGCCUCGCAUCUGCUCGCCUACUUCUUCACUGAGCUCAACCAUGACCAAGUGCAGAAGGUCGACCAAUAUCUCUACCACAUGCGCCUCUCUGAUGAGACUCUUCUGGAGAUCUCUAAGCGGUUCCGCAAGGAGAUGGAGAAAGGACUUGGGGCCACCACCCACCCCACUGCGUCAGUGAAAAUGCUGCCCACGUUCGUACGGUCUACUCCAGACGGGACAGAACACGGAGAGUUCCUGGCUCUGGACCUUGGCGGGACCAACUUCCGUGUGCUUCGGGUGAGAGUGACAGACAAUGGGCUCCAGAAGGUUGAAAUGGAGAACCAGAUCUAUGCCAUCCCCGAGGACAUCAUGCGGGGCAGUGGCACCCAGAGUUUCCUGGUCUCCUGGACCAAGGGGUUCAAGUCCAGUGGCGUGGAAGGCAGAGAUGUGGUGGCUCUGAUCCGCAAGGCCAUUCAGCGGAGAGGGGACUUCGAUAUUGACAUUGUGGCUGUGGUGAACGACACAGUUGGGACCAUGAUGACCUGCGGUUAUGAUGACCAGAACUGCGAGAUUGGCCUCAUUGUGGGCACGGGCAGCAAUGCCUGCUACAUGGAGGAGAUGCGCCACAUCGACAUGGUGGAGGGUGACGAGGGGCGGAUGUGCAUCAACAUGGAGUGGGGGGCCUUUGGGGAUGACGGCGUGCUCAAUGACAUUCGCACCGAAUUUGACCAUGAGAUCGACAUGGGCUCGCUGAACCCUGGGAAGCAACUGUUUGAGAAGAUGAUCAGUGGGAUGUACAUGGGGGAGCUAGUGAGGCUUAUCUUGGUGAAGAUGGCCAAGGAGGAGCUGCUCUUCGGGGGAAAGGUCAGCUCUGAACUCCUCAUCACAGGACGCUUUGAGACCAAAGACGUUUCGGAUAUUGAAGGGGAGAAGGAUGGCAUCCGGAAGGCCCGCGAGAUCUUAACACGGCUGGGCCUGGACCCAACAGAGGAAGACUGUGUGGCCACUCACCGGAUCUGCCAGAUCGUGUCCACCCGCUCGGCCAGCCUGUGUGCAGCCACCCUGGCUGCUGUGCUGCGGCGCAUCAAAGAAAACAAGGGCGAGGAGCGGCUGCGCUCCACCAUCGGGGUCGAUGGGUCUGUCUACAAGAAACACCCCCAUUUUGCCAAUCGUCUUCACAAGGCUGUGCGACGACUGGUGCCUGACUGUGAGGUCCGCUUCCUCCGCUCUGAGGAUGGCAGUGGCAAAGGGGCAGCCAUGGUGACGGCAGUGGCCUACCGGCUGGCUGACCAACAGCGAGCCCGUCAGAAGACCCUGGAGGCCCUGAAGCUGAGCCAUGAGCAGCUGCUGGAGGUCAAGAAGAGGAUGAAGGUGGAAAUGGAGAAAGGUCUGAGAAAGGAGACUCACGCCAUUGCUGCAGUCAAGAUGCUGCCCACCUAUGUGUGUGCCACCCCUGACGGCACAGAAAAAGGAGACUUCUUGGCUUUGGACCUUGGAGGAACCAAUUUCCGGGUCCUGCUGGUGCGCGUGCGGAAUGGAAAGUGGCGCGGAGUGGAGAUGCACAACAAGAUCUACUCCAUCCCGCAGGAGGUCAUGCAUGGCACAGGAGACGAGCUCUUCGACCACAUCGUCCAGUGCAUUGCCGACUUCCUCGAGUACAUGGGCAUGAAGGGCGUGUCCCUGCCUCUGGGCUUUACCUUCUCCUUCCCCUGCCAGCAGAACAGCCUGGAUGAGAGCAUCCUCCUCAAAUGGACAAAAGGCUUCAAGGCAUCUGGCUGUGAGGGUGAGGACGUGGUCACCCUGCUGAAGGAAGCGAUCCACCGGCGAGAGGAGUUUGACCUGGAUGUGGUGGCUGUGGUGAACGACACGGUUGGAACCAUGAUGACCUGUGGCUAUGAAGACCCUCACUGUGAAGUCGGCCUCAUUGUUGGCACGGGCAGCAACGCCUGCUACAUGGAGGAGAUGCGCAACGUGGAGCUGGUAGAGGGCGAAGAGGGACGUAUGUGUGUCAACAUGGAGUGGGGGGCCUUCGGGGACAAUGGAUGCCUGGACGACUUUCGCACGGAAUUCGACGUGGCUGUGGAUGAGCUCUCCCUCAACCCCGGCAAACAGAGGUUUGAGAAAAUGAUCAGUGGCAUGUACCUGGGUGAGAUUGUCCGGAACAUCCUCAUCGAUUUCACCAAGCGUGGGCUGCUCUUCCGUGGUCGCAUCUCAGAGAGGCUCAAGACAAGAGGAAUCUUCGAGACCAAGUUCCUGUCUCAGAUUGAGAGUGACUGCCUGGCCCUGCUGCAGGUCCGCGCCAUCCUGCGCCACCUGGGGCUUGAGAGCACCUGUGAUGACAGCAUCAUCGUCAAGGAAGUGUGCACGGUGGUGGCGCGGCGGGCGGCCCAGCUCUGCGGUGCAGGCAUGGCUGCUGUGGUGGACAAGAUACGAGAAAACCGUGGGCUGGACACCCUCAAAGUGACAGUGGGUGUGGAUGGGACCCUCUUCAAGCUACACCCUCACUUUGCCAAGGUCAUGCGUGAGACAGUGAAGGACCUGGCUCCAAAAUGUGACGUAUCUUUCCUGGCAUCAGAGGACGGCAGUGGAAAAGGAGCUGCUCUCAUUACUGCUGUCGCCUGCCGCAUCCGUGAGGCUGGACAGAGAUAGAACCCCUGAAAUUGAAAAGACUUCCUAUCGUUCCCCUCUUUCUUGUUUUAAAUUAUAAAACGUUAUCCCCUUGCAUCAGAGACAGACACUGGCUUUUCUGCAACAAAGAGGACCCUGUUGGACUGGGUUUUGUCUCCAUAUAGACUCAUGUAGAGUUUGGUGGCCAAGUCUUGGCCCUGCUGAGAUAAAUAGUUUGAAGUAAGGAUCUGUUCACACCAGCCACAACAAUUCCCAUUGGCUCUUUAAAAAAAAAAAAAAAAAAAACGAAAACAAUUUUAACCAUUAGUAAUCUCCUUGGCCAAAUCCCUUGUCCCUAUAUAAUCCUGCAGGAUGGAGACUCUUAAUAAAGAUCCGGAUGCCUCACCUUGAGGCUGAACAUGACAUUUCUAGGUGAAGCACAUCUCCCAGCAAGGAUGUUAACAUUGUUUCUCCCAUCGAACAUCUGGGAGGCAUCCCCUAAUGUGAGCCCGAUGCUCCGACAGGCAGAUGUGGGAAGGAGGAGGGCUAGGAUGAAGGGAGCUCAUGGGUAUCCAUGUGGCAGUUCCUCUCUUCGACCUCAUCUUGCAAGCAUUUGCCUUGGGGCUUCCAGCAGUUGCUGUUCCUAGAACCAAGGAAUCUCACAUCUGGGCAAGAGUUGACAUAGCUGGACAUCUCACAAGUGGGCUUCUUGUCGCAUCUCAUUGUGGGUGCAUGAAUCAUCCGUGGGUGAUGGACCUUGGGAGAAGGGGGAGCUUUGGGGUUUGUUUUUUAACACUUUUCUCUGUAAAAGUGGAAACACUGUAUUUUCAUUUUAAUUUAUGUUUGAAAUUUAUUUAGUUCAUGAAGUAGGUCUGCACCUUCAUCUUGGCAUGUAAAUGGCCAGGUGUCUGUCAUGUAUUUAUAUGUUGAUUUUGUGUAUAUAGAUGUGCAGGGGUCCCUCAGACUUGACCCCAUUAGAUCUGUGUAGUUAAGGAUGGAAGGUGAAGAUACUGACUGGUUCUUAGAUAUACCUCAUUCGCCUGUGGGAAGAGAAGGGAAGCCUCUUCGGGUGAGUGAAUGGCAAAGUGUCUGCCUUCUGGCUCCUCCUUCCCCUGCAGUCUUGGGAACGUGUGGAAGGAAGGAACUAAGAAGCAGCGAGGCCCAAGGAGCGAAGAAAUCACAACAACUAGCUGCUCUGCAUUGAGACUUUUCUGGGGCUAUAAUACACGGGAUGUUAACCAAAGGAAACCAAAGACAUCAUUCAAGUGCAUUCAUUGCAUGGAAAUCAUUAUUCUUUAUUCUGAGGGCAGUUGAUAGUGUUUUCAAGCUCUCUGACAAGACAAAUGGAAGCCUUAAACAUGGUAUUUAAUCAUGGAUUACAAACCAAAAUGAAGCAACGAAACAACUAAUCGAACAAAACCUCAGGGGCGACAUUUUUGGUGUAUUUGUGCCCUCCUAGCAAAUUUCACCUUGGGUUUGUCCUGCAAAUAUUUUAUAAGGAGUGUUGUCCAUUUGCUUCCCGAGGCCAUGUUGGCAUUUCUCUGCUGAGUUGUUUUUGUGUGUUUAGACACAGUAUUUAUUUCAAACCAUUGGAAGGGAUGAGAGUGGUAUAAACACUUCCGUACUGGACUUUUCAACAGUGCAGUUCAUUCUGAAUCUGAAAGCCCUCUUUGGUCCUAAAAUAUGCACAGCCACAGGCAUUGAACCUGGAUACACGAUAAAGAGGGACUGGUCUUGCAACUCUAUUAAAUGGGCUGCGAGGGCCAAAACAGAAAGGGGGAAAGAGACUUCUGGCUCAGUUGCACCCAACUUUUGCAUGUUUUUCACACUUGUGCCAAGACCAGUGCCUGAUUAUCGGUUUUCAUCUGCAUUUAUUGAUCUAAAAUGUGGGUGUUCUUUACUAUAAUGAAAGCCAAAAGCUAUUUGUAGAUGUGUGGGUCGCUAAAAGAUGCCCAUGAAAUAGUGAUGAAUUAUAACUUAAAUUUGAACAUUAGGCAUUAUCUAUGAAAUGGCACGGUUUUUAAAUGAUGAAAUGACACGUGUUGUAAAGGUAGAACUAUGUGUGUAAUUAUUAAAGAUGUAUUUUUGGUUUGCAGGAAGGCAUGCUGAGAAAUGCAUUCUCUUUGUGUUCCCAGACAGUCCCUCGUGGCUGCUGCUUUUCUUGGUGUAAAUACAGUGGGUCUCAAUCAUGGACAGGCAUGCUGGGGAGUGGAUUAUUUCAAACCCUUGAGCACUCAGUCUAGGGAAGAUUGUUGUCAUUAUGUAUGAUAAAGACUAGUCGAAUUAACUCUGUGAUGUUAACUAAUAAUAAAUUUUAACGUUUUUCAAUA